AUGAAACUCUCAUCCUUGGCCUUACUGGGCUUACCAUUCCUAUACCUCACAUCGGCUUUACCAAAAAUCACCAGGACAGGUAAAUACUUGUACGAUGAGAGUGGAUCGAGGUUUUAUAUCAAGGGAGUAGCGUAUCAACCUCAGGGUGAAGCUGCUGCUGAGUCGGAAGCGAAUGCUGCGAAUGGUGGAUUUCCUGAACCAUCAUCAUUCCACGAUCCUUUAUCUUCCCCUCAGAAUUGUACUCGAGAUUUACCGUACCUCAAACGAUUGGGUGUGAAUUCCGUUAGAGUGUAUUCGGUGAACAGUAGUCUGAAUCAUGACGAGUGUAUGAAGACGUUUAGUGAUAAUGGGAUUUACGUUUUACUCGACGUAUCCCUACCCCUGAACGGAUCGAUAGACCGAUCUUCCCCUUCUUGGUCAACCAAUCUCCUCGACGAAUACAUCUCGACGAUCGACGCCUUCAGGAACUACGAUAAUAUAUUAGGGUUCAAUAUUGGUAAUGAGGUGAUUACCCAGGUUAGCAAUACCAAUGCUGCUCCCUACGUCAAAGCCGCCGCAAGAGACAUCAAGGCGUAUCUCAAGUCUGUCAGCUCUUCAGCUCUCGUGGGAUACUCUGCAACGGAUGGAGACGCCGAUUUCAGAAAUUCAUUAGCCGAAUAUUUGACUUGUGGUGGUGACGACAUUGCUGUUGAUUUGUAUGGUUUGAACAAUUACGAAUGGUGUGGAGAUUCGUCAUAUAAUGCAUCCGGAUGGAAUGCAAUCGUCUCUGGAAUGCAGGAUAUCCCCGUUGCUACAUACAUGUCAGAGUAUGGGUGUAUCUUCUCUCCUCCUCGGUUAUGGACCGAAGUUGCCGCUCUGUUCAGCACGCCCGUGUCUGAUGUCUUCAGCGGUGGAGUGGCCUUCAGCUAUUUCCCUACUUCAGAUGGCUAUGGAAUGGUUACUAUCUCUUCGGAUGGAAAUACUGUCACAACCUCAGAUGACUUCAACAGGCUCUCUACACAAUACAACGCCACGUCUCCACCCAACUCACCCGCCAAAUCUUCCGUCACUGCUGGUCAGACCGACUGUCCAUCCGAAUCUUCUUCGCUCGUAGCGUCGAACACUCUCCCACCAACUCCCAACGAGCAAGUAUGUAAUUGUAUAAACGAAAAUGCUCUGUCAUGUUUGGUGAAAUCCGGUACCGCGAAUUCACCCACGAUUGUUGGUGAUUUGUUGAACUAUGCAUGUCAACUCCUCGGAUCAUCUACCAACGGUACUGCUUCCUGUGAUCCUAUAGCCGGUAAUGGCACCUCAGGUACUUACGGAGAACUAUCAUACUGUUCUCCAGCUAUCAAAUUAUCCUACGCCAUGUCAGCUUACUACGAAUACAACCCUGUUGAUACUUCAUGUGAUUUCUCUGGCAAUGCCACCUUGAGUCCUACUCGACCAAACACAGCCGAGGAUGCAUCUUCCUCCGCCUCUCAAUGUCUCUCUUCCGAACCUUCCGGUGGGGUUUUCACCCCCUCCCCUGUAUCAAGUUCCGGAGCGAGUUCGACAUCUUCUUCUGCGACUGGGAGUCGGUCAGCUUCGGGUACUGCUCCUGCGGGAAGUAAUGGAGGUGGUGCCAGUUCCGGUGCUUCGGUAGCUUCGUCUGGGAGUGUGUUAAUGAGUGUUGCAGGAGUGUUGGGUGCGGUAGUAGGUGGUGCUCUCAUGGUUUUGUAG